AUGAGUGAUGAGCCAGAGAUAAAAGUCGAUAUACCUAAACCCGGGAUUCAUCACGGCGGAAAAAAUGUCGAUUCCAUCGUUGUCUCGCCAAAUAGGCGAUACGCGGCCACAUGGAGUGAAGCCGAUAAAUCUAUCGUUGGAUGGUCAUUCAUUAAGGGACAAUCUGAACUACAAUUCGAGGCGACAGCUUCGUUGCGUGAGGAUUUUGGGGACGAGUUUAGUUUGGAUGAGCUGGUGACAGUGUCGGAUUUUGGACAUGUCGCUAUCCGCGUAAAACGGAAUGAUAAGAACCCAGUGAAUUUCGAAAUCAUCAACUUGGCGACAAAACGUAGAUUAGAAUUGAAAGCACCCGAUAUUGACGAAUUUCCAUCGUACAGGUGGUUGUAUCAAAAGAACGGAGAUUUCGUGUUGGUUCUCCGGGAACCCAAAUAUCGAGCAUUCGUGUUUUCCGCCAAAAUCUAUCAAUCUCCUAUGAAAAGGAACUUAGAAAAAUACAAGCUCACGCAUAUGAUUGAACUGACAUCGUUUACGGAUUGCAUCAUAACCAUUGACGGAAAAUUAUUGAUUAUAAAUAAGAGGAUUAUCUAUACUCUCGCUCAAUGGGAUUUGAAUAGCUUAUCAUUUGAGCAACAAUAUAUUCUGGACUGGCCGUUAAAUACCAGCACAAUCGGAGCUCGGUUCAAUCAUAAAAAAACCUUGCUAGCGGUAUUCGGAAGAUCUCCAAAAGAUUAUAGCACCAAAACUUUUGAUGAUAAAGUUUAUGUCUAUUCAGUGGAACGUGGAGUCAAAAUGAAUAUGUAUACAUAUAAAAACAAUGUGAUCAUAGAUCAGGCACACUUUAUUGCAUCGGAUGUCGGCGAACGAUUACUCGUAAUUUAUCGGAGGGGUGAUAGCCAAGAAUCUAACUAUGAUAUCAUGGAUUCUUGGACCCUGAGGGAUCCAGUAAAUGCAAAACCAUUAUUCCGAGUUUCGAAUGGGUCUAAUUCCUAUUUUGACUUUUGUACGGUCAAGGAUGAUCAAAUUAUUGGGGUACACAACGGAAAACCUUGGAUUCAAGAUUUGGUAAAGGACAAAUGGGUAAGUUAUCUGCGAGAAACAUUGCACGACUAUAAUGAAAUAAACACUCCAUCAAGUGGUUCAAUUGUGGAACAAAUGAUUAAAGAUGCUGUUGGUAUUUAUGAUUACAAAUUGGUGGACGAUGACUCGAGUUGGGUAGAAAGAACUCCAUUGGGUAAAGAAUCUUUUAGGGGACACCUACUCAGAUGGGAUUUAGAUUGUGGUGAGGAUCAAGUUAUCUUGGAAGCAAGCAAAUUUGAUGUGACAACCGAAAAAUGGGUAUCGGCCGGGAAACCAAGAAACAUUCUUCCAGAAAGUCAUGUUGAACGAGAAAGUCGUAUAAAUUUCGUGGUGCAAUGUCAACUCUUGUAUAAUGAUGAUUUUGCAAUCCUCACUCCCAUGGGAUUAUUUGUCUGGACUGUGAUGCCUUCGGGAAUUCGACUAAUCUAUUUCUGGGGUGAUACCGAGUCAGAAUAUCAAAAAACUCAUGUUGGAGUAGCGAAAAUUCUUCAUAAGAUCCAAAUGUUAAAAUUAAGCUUCACGGGAAACACGCUUCCGCCUCCUGAUUUCGACCACAUCCUUUUGUGUUAUGAAAAAUUUUCCAUGGGCAAAGAUCGCGACAUAACCGAACCAUUCCGCGAAUUAUUGUCCGAUUACAUUAAAACCCACGAGUUAUUGGCUCUUCACGGAGAAUUUCUUCUUAAGCGAAUGAUCUACAACCAUAAAGACAAUUGGAUCGAAUUGAUAUGUGAUGAGUGUACUCAGAAGUAUAUUGAUGAUUCUAUGCAAUUUGGAUUUCUGAGCAUCAUAGUCUCUUCUUUUCCAUCAUUGUGUCAACGGCAUCCAUCUCUCGUAACCAAAUUCAUGGCAAAAGUUGCGCUACAAAUCCCACAUUCAGAGAAAAGUGAGAUCAUAGAUAACCUGUCAACUGCCUCGCACUUGCAUCAUUAUGGAAGAGAAAAUCAAUUGUAUGAAGCAUCCAUCGUAACCAGAACUUUCAAUAAUAUCAAAAGUGCUUCUGAAAAAUUUUCAAAAAAACAUCCUUAUUUCCAUACAUUCUUCACCUUUCUCUUUGUCCCGAUGUGGCCGAUCUUGAUUUACCAAUUCUAUCAGAAGGCCUAUAACCCAGAUUUAUAUUACCAACCGACCAUCAAACUCCUUAUUCCCCUACCGCAAUAUGCGACCUACCCUAAAAAUACCAGAGGAGCUUUGGAUUUCUUCUAUCCUAUAAAAAAUCCAUUUGUUAAUCAAUCCACGUCAAACGAAGUGUAUCAUUGGUGGAACGGCGAAGCGCUGUUGAACUACAAGUGGAAUACCUUUGGAAAAUAUUAUUAUUAUUCGAUAUGGUUUGUUUACACUUUAUUUCUCUUAUGCUUUGCUGCCGUGGCCACGAUUCACGAGGACCAGAUUGAUUGGAGUGUAGCAAGCGGCCUAUUGAUUGCGACAAUUGUACUCGGGUGCUUUCAUUUGUUGAUCGAGAUUAGGCAAUUCACCAUCACUCCGAAAUCUUAUGUCACGAAUCUUUGGAACUUUUUUGAUGUUUGUGCCUACCUAUUUCCAGUAGUUUCUUCUAUAAUCUGGCUUCAUAACAGAGAAAUUCCCACUUGGGUAGUAACAAUAUCGAUACUUAUGUUGGAAGUAAAGUUUUUGCUCUUUUUCCGAGCAAUCAGAUUCUUCGGUGUCUACUUCGCUAUUAUGAUUGGUGUAGCCGUUCGUGUCUUCUCAUUUUUACUGAUCCUAGGCUUGAUCGUGAUAGCAUUUGCACAUUCCUUACAUCUAUUGUUGAGACCAGCUGAACCGAUUUCUAUGGAUGUCGCGAGUUUUAACGACGAUCCUAAUAAUCCGUGGAAUUUGGUUUCAACGAUGAACUCCAUUUUGGAUGACGGAACUGUAAGCGAAGAUGCGGUAUUGAUCUCUAUGCCGAGUGAGAACACAAACUUGUUUGUUGGCUGGGAUACCUCUUUGUUGGCAGUAUAUUACAUGUUGAACGGUGACACGGGCCCAUAUAGCUCAUGGAAUGUAAAAGACAAUCCUGUUCUUAUCCUCAUAACGGUUGGCUUCUCAUUCUUUACCAAGCUCUAUUUGAUGAGUCUGUUCAUUGGAUUGUUGGGUAGGGCCAUAGACGAGAGGAAUAAUCGAGAGGCCUACUUGCAACAAAAAGCCGAGAUUAUGUACGAGAUCGAAUUGGUUUAUUUAUUUCCUUCCCAAAGAAGAUGGAAGCAUUGGUUCCCCGAGAUAAUUUACUACGAAGCCCAUGUGGACCAAGUCCGUAAAUUCGUGCGUCGCAUACAAUCCGGUGAGAUGGUUGUUCACGAACCGCCUCGUCUCUCUUCCGAUCUUCUGAGAAUACUUGAGCUAAAUGAGGCUGAAUCGAAGAGUCAAGAGAAAGAGAGAAUAAGAGAGGCCGAGAGAGAAAAGUUGGAUAGGAUGAUGGAAACCAUUGAGAAGUUAAAAGCACUGGUACCUCUUCCAGAUGAGGGAAGUGAAAAAGGAAAAAAGACCUAA